AUGAUACAAACUUGUGGCGUACCAACACCGCCGUCUACUCCUGCUACUAAACCAACAUCGCCGUCUACUCCUGCUACUAAACCAACAUCGCCGUCUACUCCUGCCGGCAACGCAACAACGCCUACUCCUGGCGGCAACGCAACAACGCCUGCUCCUGGAGGCAACGCAACAACGCCUGCUCCUGGAGGCAACGCAACAACGCCUGCUCCUGGAGGCAACGCAACAACGCCUGCUCCUGGAGGCAACGCAACAACGCCUGCUCCUGGAGGCAACGCAACAACGCCUGCUCCUGGAGGCAACGCAACAACGCCUGCUCCUGGAGGCAACGCAACAACGCCUGCUCCUGGAGGCAACGAAACAACGUCUGCUCCUGGAGGCAAUGCAACAACGUCUGCUUCUGGAGGCAACGAAACAACGUCUGCUCCUGGAGGCAAUGCAACAACGUCUGCUCCUGGAGGCAACGCAACAACGCCUGCUCCUGGAGGCAACGCAACAACGCCUGCUCCUGGAGGCAACGCAACAACGCCUGCUCCUGGAGGCAACGCAACAACGCCUGCUCCUGGAGGCAACGCAACAACGCCUGCUCCUGGAGGCAACGCAACAACGCCUGCUCCUGGAGGCAACGCAACAACGCCUGCUCCUGGAGGCAACGCAACAACGCCUGCUCCUGGAGGCAACGCAACAACGCCUGCUCCUGGAGGCAACGCAACAACGCCUGCUCCUGGAGGCAACGCAACAACGCCUGCUCCUGGAGGCAACGCAACAACGCCUGCUCCUGGAGGCAACGCAACAACGCCUGCUCCUGGAGGCAACGCAACAACGCCUGCUCCUGGCGGCAACGCAACACUGCCUGCUCCUGACGGCAACGCAACACUGCCUGCUCCUGACGGCAACGCAACACUGCCUGCUCCUGACGGCAACGCAACACUGCCUGCUCCUGAUCCGGAGGCAAAGUCAGACAACGUGAGAAGACGUAGAAGCGUACUCGCCCGUUUCCCUCUAGCACGACAGUCCGCUGACGAUGAGAUACAGUGGCAAUGCUACACUAUCAACAAGGGUACAGAAAAUGAAGUAAGAGGAUGCGUCGCAAAGCCAAUAAACUGUACAAGCGCUGGGAACACAACAAGUUGUGCAAUUUGUGAUUCGGAUAAUUGUAAUUCAGCAACCACGAACACUAUAUUCACCUUCAUGAUUCUAUCCUCGCUAGUAGUUUUAAUUCUUACAAAAUAA